AUGGCCACCAAAGCGGACGCGCCGAAGGCGCAGCUCACUGGCUUCCAGCUGUACUCGAGAUUCGCCCUUGCCGGCGCGGUCUGCUGCUCCGUCACUCACGGUGCCCUGACCCCCGUUGAUGUCGUCAAGACCCGCAUCCAGCUCGACCCCGUCACCUACAACAAUGGCAUGAUCGGCGGCUUCAAGAAGGUCAUCCAGGCCGAGGGCGCCGGUGCCCUGCUUACCGGCGUCGGCCCUACCUUCGCCGGCUACUUCCUCCAGGGCGCCUUCAAGUUCGGCGGUUACGAGUUCUUCAAGCAACAAUUCAUCAACAACCUCGGCUACGACACGGCCUCCAAGUACCGGACAGGUGUCUACCUUGCCUCGGCCGCCGCCGCCGAGUUCAUUGCCGAUAUUGCCCUCUGCCCCCUCGAGGCCACCCGUAUCCGUCUCGUGUCGCAGCCCACCUACGCCAGCGGUCUCGUCAGCGGCUUCGGCAAGAUGCUCACCACUGAGGGCAUCGGUGCCUUCUACGCCGGUUUCGGCCCUAUCCUUUUCAAGCAGAUCCCCUACACCAUGACCAAAUUCGUCGUUUACGAGAAGGUCGCCGAGGGCAUCUACAGCGUUUUCCCCAAGAAGGACAUGUCGGACGGCCUCCAGACCGUUGUCAACCUUGGUAGCGGUCUCACCGCUGGUUUCGCUGCUGCCCUCGUUUCUCAGCCUGCCGACACCAUGCUCAGCAAGAUCAACAAGACCCCCGGCCUUCCCGGUGAGGGCACCACCUCCCGUCUGAUCAAGAUCGCCAAGGAGCUCGGCUUUAAGGGCUCUUUCUCGGGCGUCGGGGCCCGUCUCUUCAUGGUCGGCACUCUCACUGCCUUCCAGUUCGCCAUCUAUGGUGACUUGAAGAAGGCCCUUGGUGCGGUCGGCGGCGUGGAGAUUGGCAAAUAA